GCUAACUCCUUGUUUUUUCAUUGUGUGGACAAGCUGCUGUUUCCAAACCUCUUUGUGGCACUUGCACAACAUUCUUGCCAUUAUUUUGCUUGCAGGGAUCCUUUAACUUUACAUACUGCAGAUCUGGAGGACCAAGCUGCUACCCUGUCUUUUGCACCUACUGUUACUCCUCACUAUCGAUCUUCCCCAAAGAAGUUAUCCCAGGAGGAGAGAUACAAAGAUAGGUCUCCAGUGCACUCGCUGUUAACUGCUCCGCUAGAUGACCUGAAGGCUGUUCCUGGUACCUCCACAGACCACAAACCAUCUGUGAGGGGGACUAGCUCACUAGAAGCUGCAGGUGCUGCCACAGUCACCCAGAAAAGUGUAUCCUUCAGUCCCAGUUCUUCUUCUCAGCCUGUGGAAACCAGUGGGCGCACUUGCAGAAAGCUACAGAACAAGAUGGAAAGCCUGCAAAGUCUGGUUGAAACUUUACAGCUGAAAAACCAAGCAAUGUCUUCAAUGAUCAGAAGUCAAGAAAAGAAGAUAGAGAAAGUGAAGGAAAAGGAGAAGAGGCUAACAAAAUGAAGAAACUCUGUGAGGUUGUGAUCAUUUGACUGUGUAGAUUGUGCCUUGUUAAAUGUGUUAUUUAAAUUAUAUUAUCCUUUAAAAGAGUAAUAAUAAAGGUUCUCAGUUUUGUAACUUGUGUCUUGGACUAGAAUAAUUUUUGCAGUCUACAAUUCUAGAGGAACAGGAAGUACAAGACAUAAGUAUAGAGGUUUGGUAUUAUUCAUUGUUGUACAUUUGGAAUAAAUGCAUGCUUCAUGUGGUAAAGCCAAGAAAAGAUUUUGCUGGUGACCCCAAACAAGUCCCAAGAUCUUAUGCCCCACCCCAUUCCACAUUCCAAGUCUGCUAAAUUUAUUCUCACCAGGAGGGAGGGGAAAGUUGUGGAAUCUCCAUCCUCAGAGCUUUUUAAGAUCUGGCUAGACCAGGCUUGUCCAACAUGUGGCCCGCCAAGGCAUUUUCUGUGGCCCACGGUGCUGCGUUCCCGCCCCUUGUCCCUCCCCUAGCCCCUCUGUAGCUUCCUAAUGGCUGCUGAAGGACUGGGGAAGGGACAAGGUUCCCACACACGCUGCGUCAGCGCGGCCCGGCUGGAUCCCUCGCGGGGCCGGACCCCUCCCUGGCCGGUGGCACUAGCUGCGGCUGCUGAAUG